AUGACGUCCGCUUCUGACGCUAUCGCGGCCGUGAAUGCGGCGCUGGCCCAAUUACCUCCGGCUGAGUCUAUCCCAGAAGAAGAGCGAUUCAAGCUUUUGGGGGCGAUGGAUAAAGUCCGUGUUGCUAUGGAGCCUCCAGUUUUGACCGUGCGCAAUUUUUGUUUCGCGCACUACGGCAUUGUUGGUAUUCGGGUGGCCAUCAGCAUGGGUAUCUUUGACGCCUUGGCCGCGGGCGGUGGAUCACCACAGACUUUAAGCCAACUAUCGGAGAAGACUAAGGGCGAUGAGAAACUCUUAGUACGAAUUCUGCGUCUUCUCGCCGCAAACAAUCUUCUCACAGAGACUGCCGAUGGGGCAUACCAGCCCAUGCCACUUGCUAUGGGUUUCGCUUCUGGCUCGCCCUUGCCGGAAGCAAUUAAGCAUUUCUACGCUAAUAUGAAGGCCUCGGUGAACUUGAACGAAUUCUUCGAGUCUACCGGGUACAAGAACCCAGAUGACGCUUACAAUACCGCCUUCCAAUUCGCUUACAAAACAAAGGAGCAUCACUUUGACUGGUUGAAGAGCCACCCCGAGGACCUGCAUGCUUUCAACGUGGUUAUGGGCCUGAACCGUCAAAUUGAGGGAGCUCAGUGGUUCGAUUUCUACCCAGUGGAAGAGAAGCUGCACGUAGACUCAAAUGAUCGCGUGCGACUGAUCGACGUCGGGGGUGGCCUUGGGCACGAUAUUGCACGUUUGAGGGAGCGAUUCCCCACCCUUCCCGGGCGGCUCAUCGUGGAAGAUUUGCCUGAUGUUAUCAAAGAUAUCAAAACCCCACUCGGGGAGAACGUUGAGGCUAUCGGCUACGACAUGUUCACAGAGCAGCCCGUUAAGGGAGCCAAGUCAUACUAUUUGCGCACUGUGCUUCAUGAUUGGCCUGACAAGCAGGCUUUGAAGGUGCUAGAACGUAUUCGAGAGGCCAUGGCGGAUGAUUCGAUAUUGCUGAUUAACGAAAAUACUCUACCCGAGAAGGACGCGCCUGAGUUCUCCAUUGCACUGGAUAUUCUGAUGAUGGAAAUGUAUGGGUCUCUGGAGCGCACGGAGAAAGAGUGGAUUGGCUUGUUGGAGCAGGCCAAGUUUAAGGUGGUCAAGGUCUGGCGCUCAGAGUCCCAAGGUGUCGGCUCGAAUGCUUUGUAUGAGGCUGUUCCGGUCUAG